GCAGAGCGCCGAGCUCGCGCCACGUCUGUCCCGGCGUAUCCACCCGGGUACGGGCUGCCGCGGCCCCAGACGCCAAAACUGCGGCCCACAGACGGGACUGGGGGCGUCAUGGGCAGCGCGGUCCCUCGCUCCGCUUCCUCGCUGCUCCUGCUGCUGCUCCUGCUCCGAGUCGAGCAGCUUCGGGGCGCCGAGCUCACCUUCGAGCUUCCAGACAACGCCAAGCAGUGCUUCCACGAGGAGGUGGACCAAGGCGUCAAGUUCUCCCUGGAUUACCAGGUCAUCACUGGAGGCCACUAUGAUGUUGACUGCUACGUGGAGGACCCACUGGGGAACAUCAUCUACAGGGAAACCAAGAAGCAGUACGACAGCUUCACUCACCGGGCUGAGGUCAAGGGUGUUUAUCAGUUUUGCUUCAGUAAUGAGUUUUCUACUUUCUCUCACAAGACCGUCUACUUUGACUUUCAAGUGGGCGAUGAGCCCCCCAUUCUCCCAGAAAUGGGGAACAGGGUCACAGCUCUCACCCAGAUGGAGUCUGCCUGUGUGACCAUUCACGAAGCUCUGAAGACAGUGAUCGACUCCCAGACCCACUACCGGCUCCGGGAAGCCCAGGACCGGGCCCGAGCUGAAGAUCUCAAUAGCCGGGUCUCUUACUGGUCUAUUGGCGAGACAAUCGCCCUAUUUGUGGUCAGCUUCAGCCAGGUGCUACUGCUAAAAAGCUUCUUCACAGAAAAGCGACCUGUUAGUAGGGCAGUCCACUCCUAGCUCAGGUGUCCUGCUCCAGGGCUCUGCAUGCCCCAGGGUAUGCAGCUCCCCUGGGUCCCAGGGUGCUGGGCUAGGAGGUGCCGCCCAGGGUGGAGGCAGAGCUGCAGCAGGAGGGCACAGGGUGAUGCGCGGCGUUGGCAGCACCUUGCCUCCCCUGCUGAUGCCUGACCUUUGUACCCCAGCACUGAAGCUCAUAGAGCUCAGUAAUUUGAAGACAUUCAAUUGCAUCAUGUGUGCAACACCAAAAGCUUGUGUUCAUUUGGCAGAGGGUGGUCACUAUGGAAGGGUGGCCAGACAGAGAUCUGGUGGCCUGGCUGGUAGGUGGAAGCCCAAGUGCCCAGGCCUCUGGGGCUGCUUAAGGCCUUGCCCUCUGUCCCAUGAUGCCUGAGUCAUUUGCCUAUGCAUCCUAGCCCAUGCAGGGUGUAAAGGGGCUCUCAAUUCUAGCAUUUUCUCCGUGGGGAUCUGUGUACCUGAGGAAACCAGGCUCUGAAGCACUGUACAGCUCUCCUCCCUCCAUGUGAGCAACGGUGUCAGCCAUGCAAGUUGGACCAGGCUGGUCAUGGGCACCCUUGGGUAGCUGUGUGUUUCCCAGGAGGCGGAACUGUGGCUAAUAAAAACUAAGUUUGUGCA